CGCAACUUCCCCGGUUCCGCUGUGAUGCGCUCCUUGUCCAUUUUCAAAGGCAAAACUGCGAGUAUGUCUUCGGAUAAACUUUAAUAAAUAAGAGAGUUCGAGAUUAUAAAUGUACAUACUCCUUUUUGAAUCCGACUAUCCGCUUUUCCAAGAGUUGUUGAUGAUGGCUUUUCAUCGCGAAAAAUCACCUAAUUACGACUUCUAUAUGAGCGAAUGAUUUGACUUCCGUAUUUAUUCGAGUAUGCCAGCACACACCCUUUAGGAAAAUGCGCACCUCAGAUGUAUGGCUAAAAUUUUGCGAAAAAUCCUCUCCCCAUCAGUUUCCAAAAUAUUAACUGAAGCUCUCGUUAAAAUCGAGAUCAAUGGUGAUUUGUUUUCCAUACAAAUAAUACGGGUAGUAUCACUAAAAUGGAGAGCUCUGGAAACAAAUUUUAAAAUUCGGGAGAAAAAAUGAAAAUUCUCGAGGAAAAUAUUCAUUUUAACUUUUGUUUACCCGACUAUGACGUGAGCCUAAUUUUUGUUUGCUCCAAUUAAUUGAAAAAAGGUGCACGUGGUACUCAAGUAAAUAUGGUUUGCGCUGAUACAUCAAAUGAAGUUAGUCAAAUUAAUAAGAUUGCCAACCAAAAUCACUUCUGUAUAUAAGUCGCAGUGAUUUUUUUUAGAGUUUCUGCUGCCGGGGUUCUAUUUCUAGCUAGAUGAAUGUCCAAGAUAAUGUAAAGUGACUUAUUUAAUCUUUCAUGUUCAAAACUGUCGGCCAUAUUCUCUCUCUCUAUGUGCAUACUGCUGCUUUCAUGCAUUUAUUCCUUGCCACGCUCUCGGAAGACGGAUCAGACAUAGCAGAAGGUGCAGUAGAUCCGAAUCACAAUUCCACUCAGACGAGCCCCGACGACAAGUGAUGCUUCUAAACUGCCUUUUUUGUUCUUCUUGUUUUCCUCCUUCGCGUCUGUUCUCUCUCUCCCCGCCCCCCACUUGCUCUCCUGCUACUCCUCCUCUUAUAUUGCGCAUUGGACCAUCAUGGGAAAUAAUGAAGACAAACUGGAUCGUGGCAGCCUGGGAACGUCGGUGACGAGUCGUCGCAGCGUGAUGACGCAGAUCGACGGGGACGGCGAGUGGGAUGACGUGGCACUUCCGGCCAGUCUGGCCAGCAGCUACGAGGAUUCCCACCACGUCCUCAUUGAGAUCCCGCAAAAUCACAAGGGAUCUCCCAAGGGCAGGAGUUCCUUGUUUAUUCCACCAUACGACGGGGACGGCGAGUGGGAUGACGUGGCACUUCCGGCCAGUCUGGCCAGCAGCUACGAGGAUUCCCACCACGUCCUCAUUGAGAUCCCGCAAAAUCACAAGGGAUCUCCCAAGGUGGCCAAAGAUUCCUUGUUGCCGCCAGUGGCGUCUCACCGCCGCCAGGACUCGAGCAAGUCCGCCACUUCCGGCGGCGGAAUGAUUUUCGAAAUGGACGACGUCAACACUCAGGCUGAUGGACGUCAAACUCUGGAGACCCUGGAGGAAGGCACUGAGGAGGACAGUGGGGAACACUCUGCUUCAGCACUCACAAAACAAGAUGAAUCUUAGCUUCAUCUAAAACUCUAGAGAAAAAAAAUAUAAUGAUAAGAACUGAGAGAAAGAAAAACUUUUAAGACAACUACGUGCCUGGGCCUUCGCAAAAAACGAAAAAGUUCCGAGCCGUGAUGGUGAAACUAUAUACGGAUCAAAGCUUUGUUCCAUCGGUGACACUUGAAGGAAGAAUGUACAUUUUGUUGGUACAAAAACUUUUUUUUUCGCGUUCUGCAAGUUUUGAUCUUCAAUUUACUUAUUGAUAUACGUAAAUAAUGCGCACAAAAUGUGAACGCUGGAUUUUUAUUUUGUUUAUCCGAGUUUGUCAACAAAUAUUUUUGUUGUUGCCCAAGAUCAUCAGGAAAAACAGUAGAACGUCGUGAAAGUCAUCAGCUUUAUGCACUUCAUUGAGAUCCAUCAGAAAAGUGCACGUUAAGCUCUUCAGCAGUAAUACCUCGUCUCUUGUUUUUCGCGAUUUCUUCAAUUCGAAACAUUUUCGAAAUGUUCAAACAUGACGAACCAGCUGUGGAAAUCACUAAAUGUUUUUUUUCGCGCUGAGCAAAAUUUUGCAGACCAGGGGAUGAUGUAUCCGGUUGUAAUUGAAUUCAUUCUCUAUAGUCCUGCUUGUUUUGUUUUUUUUUUCAGCAGAAUUUUGGGUAUUUUUUCGCUCGAAAUUCAGCUUGAAUUCAGCAGAAGACUCUUUUUUUUUUGUGCGUGAUUUCUCGCUUGUUUUGUUGAAUAUGAUCAAAGAAGUUCGCCUGGAAAAAUGUUGCUUAUUGGAUCGACUAACGCGGAAUUCAUGCUUUCGGAUGAAUGAAAAUUCCGGUUCCUGUUUUUUCGGAAA